UUGUACACAGUCGAUUCUCGUACUCCACCAGAUGCCAUUGACUGGCGUCAAAAAGGUGCGGUUACACCCGUAAAAAAUCAAGGCAACUGUGGGUCCUGUUGGGCCUUCUCAACAACUGGAGCGGUCGAAGGGCAUCACUUCAUCAAAUAUCAUAAACUGGUCAGCCUUUCUGAGCAACAACUUGUGGACUGCAGUUCAAAGGAAGGAAACAAUGCUUGUAACGGUGGUCUCAUGGAUUUUGCCUUCACCUACAUCCAGGAAGCUGGUGGUAUUGUAACAGAGGAUUGUUAUCCCUACGUAUCCGGAAAAACUGGUGAAGAGAACCCGACAUGCUCAGUGAAUAAAACGUGUAUUGCAGCACAUGUGCAAAGCUAUGUGGAUGUGCAAAAAGCAAGUGAAUCUGCCUUGAAGAGUGCCGUUGGUCUCAAAGGCCCAGUGGCGAUCGCUAUUAACGCCGGUAUUUAUGAAGACAAGAGCUGUGGAGGCGAUGAAACUGAUCUGGAUCAUGGUGUUCUGGCCGUGGGAUAUGGUCAUGAGAACGGUACUUCAUACUGGCUAGUAAAGAAUAGCUGGGGACCUCACUGGGGUGAAAACGGUUAUAUUAAAAUCCGCAGAGACAAGAACAACAUGUGUGGAGUUGCUACCGCUGCUUCCUACCCGAUCGUGUAA